UUUUUUAAUCUGUACUGUCAAAAAAUACCUUGCAACGCGAAAGUACGUCUGCAUUUCUUAAUAUAGUGAAAAAUUGUUAUAAAAUUAAACAAUUUCCUACUUUUUAACUGAGAAACUAACAUAGAUUUGCUUUUACUACAGAACUGAAUAACUGUGUAUUUGAAAUAUAAUCUAGUUUGUUUGCGGAGCUCUGAACACCAAGUGUGGGACGCGUUGUGCGUCAUAGAUUUAACCUUAUUUUGUGGUGUAAUCUUUCAUCAUUCAGCGUAAUAACAGAAACAUGCCUAAAAACGGUGGCAGAAUAAGAAACUUUAAGAACAAUGACGCUUUUGAGCAUGAUGACCGAACACACACGAGUAACACACGGCGUGUUAGUUUCAAACCAAACACGCAUAAAGGAAAGAACAAAUGGAACAAUGUUAAACUGCAGUUGGAUGAUGACGUGUACAUGGGGGGUACUGGCGAGGGCGGCCCGCAUGUCCACCGUAAAGGAGCAUUUAGAGGCCGCGGAGGCAGGCUGAACUCUCCAUCACCUAGAACAGGUCAUGGCAUGGCGAAGAAGAAGUUCAUUGCAGGUGUUCUUCCCUGGUAUCAAAUCAUCAUACCUUAUGGGGCCAAACACGAGAAAGAUGUUAUUCUGAAGACUCUUUUGAGCUACAUAUCACCAGACAUCUUUGUGCCUCACUACUACAAGACCAAUGGCAACGCAGCCGUGUUCUAUGUAGAUGAUGUUAAACUGGCUGAGAAGCUAUUCCAUGCUGACAGGAAGAUCACAAUGUCCGAUGGCUUCAAGUUAAUGGUGAUUGUAAGAAACUCUGUGCCCAAUGUCGCUGUUGAUGCUGAAAUGAAGGAAAAGAUGAAGCUUGCUAUGGCUAAAAGAUACAAUGCCACGACAAAGGCCUUGGACUUGACUAAGUUCCAUGCAGAUCCUGACUUGGCAGAUAUAUUCUGCGCCCUGUUCCGUCCAGUCAUAAUGCUGGCUGCUAUUGAUAUAAUUGCUGAGAACAUUCCGGAUCUUGAGGCAUUAAACCUCAAUGACAAUAAACUACAUGGUAUUGAGCAUCUGAAGAUUCUCUCUUCUAAACUGAAGAACUUGAAAAUUCUGUACAUGGGGGAUAACCGGAUUCCAUUCCUUGGUUCCCUGGAGCCUUUGAAGAACUUGCAGCUGGUGGAGCUUUACCUGAAGGGCAACCCGUUGGUGAACAGGUUUUCCGAUAACGAAAUCUACGUCAGCGAUGUGCGGAAGAAGUUUCCCAAGCUGGUCAAAUUGGACGGAGUGGAACUGCCCCCAGCCAUCGGCUUCGAUGUCCUAGAAGACGUGACCCUCCCACUACGCCAGCAAUCCUUCCUCGUAGACCCGGCAGGACAAGACUUAGUACGAGAGUUCCUAACUCAGUACUUCGCUAUUUAUGAUGCGGAGUCACGGCAGCCGUUGCUUGAAGCUUACCAUGAACAUGCUACUAUGUCCUUGGCAGCUACGUACUUGAGUAACGAUAAUAGGAAUGCUGCUACGCAAAGAUUAAACUCCUAUAUAACAAACAGUCGCAAUAUCCUGCGUAUAACGGAACGCGAGUCUCGGCGACGUUACCUGCGCACGGGCAGACUGCAAGUCGUGUCAUUCCUGUCUGACCUACCGAAGACAGCGCACGAUUUGAUGGGAUUCGCUGUUGAUUUACUUGUUUUUACUCCAUCAAUAAUAGUGCUAACAAUGAACGGAGUCUACAAAGAGACGAAUACCAACGGCAACCCGACGCGCUCCUUCCAUCGCACGUUCGUGAUCGUGCCCAAUGCUGGAGGCGGGUUCUGCAUCAUCAACGAUAUGCUGUUUGUCACUAAUACUACUAAGGAACAGGAAGAGAAAGCCUUCUCAACGGGUGUAACAGUAGAACCCACUCCGGCCCCUGUUGCGCCCGCUCCGGUCGCCAUGGCUCAGCCGUCACCCGACGACGCGCAGAAAAUGAUGCUCAAUAUGCUGAGCCAACAGACUGGCAUGAAUGAUCAUUGGAGCAUCAACUGCCUACAACAAACGGGAUGGGAUUUCCAACGAGCCUUAUUUGUCUUCAACCAACUAAACUCAGAAGGGAAAAUACCCCCUGAAGCGUUCGUCAAGUGAACGUAAAACUUUCAAAAUAAGGCUGUGUCAGUGUACAUAUUAGUUACGGAAAAUAAAUAACUAUUUUUUUAGUUAAAUGACUCUUGUCGACUAGUUUAUUAUUAUUAUCUAUGGAUAAGUGAAAGGAGUUUUUUAUGCACACUGAGUCUAUGGAAUGUGGAGAUGCAGCGAUAUGAUUUAUUACUAUAAUAGAGAAUUAGAAAACGAGAAUGAUGUUGAAGAUAAACAGAAAAUCGCGCUGAAGAUACAAAGAUACAGAUUAAAUAAUAUCUUCAAUGUUUGGAAAUCAAAAUCAAACUGCACCAGAAAACAACUCAACUGCAACAAUUGAUGCUCAAUCAAGAAACAAGGAUGAUAUCGUGAAAAUACUGGACAAGAUAACUUAUAGAAUAAAUUAAUUGAAAUAUUCACUAUCAACUUACUUAUAUGCUUUGUAAGUACAUAAUAUGCAAUAAGAUAUUAUGCAAUAAGAUAUUUAACAAUAUACAAGAAGAAAUCACAAUAGUUCAACGAGAAUCUAUAUUUUUUUCUUCGUUAUGAAGGCGCUCAACUGAUGCUAAGAAUGUUCACAAAAUAUUGAUUUGUAGAUGACAAAGAAUUUCCUAGAAACCCAUUCACUCGUCGAAGCUUAUCCAGGCAUAAGUAUGAAUGCCGGAUUAUACUAUCCCAAUAUGCAUUGAGGAUCAGAAAUAUCUUCAAGAAAUCACCAUUCAUAGUAUUAUUAUUGGUGAUUGGAGUUUGCACAACGAUUUAAAAACUUUGUCAAAAAUACCUGGCAUCAGCUCAGUUGAUAAUAACUACAUUAGAAGUUGUUAUUGGAAGAUUUCGGCGCCGAAGAAUCUUUUUUUUUUUUCUUCAUUUGUAUAGUCAAACAGUUGAAAUAGUUUUAGUCUAAAAAAAAGCUGACAAAAAAGAAACAAGCAUACAAAAAAAAAAAAAAACAAUUACUUAUGUAACUGUAUCGAGUAUAUUUGUUUGAUGAUUCACUGUAAAAAUAAUUUAUGUUUAAUUCGAUAGAGGUGCGAUGCGAUUUUUAUACGUUUUUUUUCUUACUUUUUAAUAUCAAUCAUUUCAAUAAUUUUAAACGUAUGCCGUUCCAUCGCACGACUAUCUAAACAACAGAUUUUCAUUUCAUCAAAAGAGGAUUUAUUUUAUUGACAUAGUAGUUCCUUGCUGCAUCUUAAGCAUUAUAGAAUAUUUUGCCUUAUAUAAAAUAUAGAAAUUAUAUUUCCUGUAAUAUAAAAAAUAGUUUUUAGAUAUAAUACAUUAUCAGUUUCUUUUCUGCAUUUUUUGAUUCUGUAUUAUGUCUACAAUAUUUUUCUGUGUAUUCAUAAACCAUUACUCUAUAAAUAAUUAUAUUUGUAUUAAAAAAAAGAACUUAAUUGUAUGCAAUGCUAUUUCAACUCCGAAAUAGUGGAAAAAGGAUGAUAAAAUUUAUAAUUUGAAUUCAUUUUGUUAUUUGUAAAUAGUAGUUUUUUAUUUUAAUUGUAUUUUCGUUUGGGGUUUGUUUGGGCUGCAGUGUAUGGAUGUGAAGGCGAAGUUCCUCAAGGACCGGUCGGUUUUCAGUGCUUGAAGUACAAAGCUGGGAUGGUGUGAAACCAGACAGUUAUAUUCAUAUUGCGCGAGUCAGUGGACCGUGCAUACUGCGGCGGAACCCCUUGACUUAAUGUUAUUGUGGGCUAGUCGCAGCGUAUGUGAAUACUUUUUUUUACAAAGAAAUCUGAUAGCACUUUUUUACUUGGCCGUGAAGUUUGUGGACAGCCAGAAUCCUGCUGUGGCGUCGGGCGGGGCUUAGGGCUUAUGUUAGGAGCUAACAUUAAGACUGUUACUGAAGUAAAUAAAUCUUUCAUUUUGGAUCGUA